UAAGUAGGCAUCCGGUUUAAUUUCAAGCAGAUUUAAUGUGAGGUCAACUGUUUCAUCAAAGCUCAGAUUUUAAGUUUUUGUACAAAAUGAGGACAUUCAUAUGGCCAGUGCUAGCAUUAAUUUUUCUCUUCUUGCUGGCCAGUGACGCUUACAAUGCUAGAAAAUGCGAUGACAAGCCGUGCCAAACUGGUCCCUGUAGGGCAUUUUUUCCAAUGUGGCGAUUUAUAAAGAACGCUCGCCAAUGCGAGUAUUUCAUCUACGGUGGCUGCCAGGGCACACGGAACAUGUUUGAGGACGAGAAGGAUUGUAAAGCGCAAUGUUUGAACUAAAGAAGCUUUGAAAUCUUAUAUCCAAGUUGAUCAUCACAUUCAAAAUUCAAAAAGGUUUCAAUUAAUUGACGUUACAAAAUUAAAAUUAUAAUCAUUGAUAACAAAAGUUUCU